UUAUUGGCCUCCUUUCGCGCUGGUGCACCGAGUGACGGAGCUUCUGAGGUGAAGAGCCAGCAAAAGAGCAAAGGUGGCUCAAUUGACACUGUAGGGCGAAAUUCUAAUACAUCCCACAAAUAUCCAUCGAUGCUGUGCGAGAUCCAUUUCGAGGCAGGGACACAAGCAGAGCAGUUCAUGCAGAUCCUCAUCUAACAGUUGAGUCUUGUUGUGCAGAAUCCGCGGCAAAUGGGGAGUCUACCGAAUUUGAAUGAUCUAUAUCGCGAGCGGGAGGAGAAGAAGACGCGCGAGAAGGAGCGAGAAUUGGCCAGGGAAUUGGCGAGAGAGCGUGAUUUCUCCAGAGACCGAGAUCGGGAUCGUCUUCCCGUGUUCACACACCAGGCGCCACUUCCGAAGCAGCCCCAUAGACAUUCAUUAACCAGCAGACGAGUCCUGCGAACACGGAGCUCAGGUGCAACUUAUCACAUUUGGGAUGAUCCCAUGAUUGAGCAUAUGACCGCCUAUUCGCCCAUCUCGUCCCGCAGCCACCGCGUGGGGCCGCAGAGCCAACCGCCGCUGAGUGGCCUCGCGGGCCCCGUGAACACGCGGGCGCGUCGUGACUCCGUCAACAGCUCAAUCGGCGCCAACUCCGUGCGACGCCUCCUGACCGUGAAUCGUGGGUGUCGCCAUAAGAUCCCAGUUCACGUUCGUGCCAAAGUAAUAAAGAAUUUUAUAUUGCUAGUUAUCGCUCACGGAUUAACCACAGCCGCCUUAGUGCCUCUCAUCGGAUUACAGGGAUCCAGCUCUGCAUGGUUCGAACAGAACUCGUGGAUCUAUUUCGGGCCAGACAUUGGCUCCAUUCUGCUCAGCCUCAGCUUCUUCAUCACGGCCGGCAUGUGCUUGCUGGCCACGCGCCUCAUCCGGAAGCUCGGCUACUACGUUGUGAUCCUCGUGAGCUACACCGGGCUCUGCGUGUACCUCGCCACGCACUUCUUCCCGUCAAUCUACGUGCUGCUUCCGGGCUAUGUGGUGCUAGGCAUCACGCUGGGACCCGCCUGGGUAGGGAAGCAGAGUCUGGUAGUGUCCAUGGCCGGAAAGCUGAGUUGUGGUCAGCACGAAUGCUAUCCAGCGGAUGCUUAUGACUCAGAUCACCGGAAUCUCUGCAGUCGGGAAGAGAAUGUGCGUCGUUUGGCGAGAUGGUAUCACGCUGCCCAGGAUUUGGGCAUUAUCUUCGGAGCCCUGCUGGCCUCGACGAUCCUGUCGUGUGUUUCCAGAAGCGAGACAGCCUGUCUGAGUACGAACAUCACCAGUGCAUUUGUGCCUCUGCGACAAACUAUAGAAAUGGCAGGAAUCCCAACGAUGAAUGCCACUAGAGUGGCAAAUAUCAGUGAAUCCUCUCCACUGAACGGCACAAGCACUGAGAAAUCCCUGAUCAUCUCACCCGAAGGCUUCCUGGACGCCUUCUUCGACACGAAUGAGCACGGAGAGAGGAUUUGCGGGGCGGAUUUGUGUCCCGUUUGGUUGAGACCUACUCAAUUUGGCAAUGCCUCGGAGAUCUUGAGUGGCUCCUUUGAGCUCCACAUCGGCACGAAGACCAUCAUCGGAGUAUUCCUAGGCAUGUCGCUCAUCGCGCUGGCGCUCAGCUCGCUCUCCGGCCACAUCGACAGUAAUUUGCGCGUGGAGCCGAUCCGUGGCAUCUCCGACACGCUCCUGUUCGCCGGUCCGAUGGCCUAUUUCAUUGGCACAGAGCAGGGAUACAUCCUCUCGGAUUAUAUGAAGGCGUUCGUCUCGUGCUCCCUGGGACCCCACAUGGUGGCCGGCGCCCUCGUUGGAAUGGGCAUAAUGCAAUCAAUCGCUUCCUGCACCCUCAGCAUGCUGUUGCGCCAUACAAAGCGGAUUGUUGUCAUCGUGGCAGGAUUUUUCUUCCACGCCUGCCUGUUGCUCGUGCUGUCGCAAUGGAAACCGUCGAGUGAUGAUAGCGCCCUGUUCUAUGUCAUCACGGCCGCCUGGGGCGUGUGCAAUGCCGUCUGGGAGACGCUCAUCUUCGCCUUGGUCUCCAUUACCCACACCAAUCACGUGGCCGAGGUCACGUCGCCUCUCCAGGCGCUACGCUUCCUGGGCCUGGGCGUCACCUUCGCCGCCCACGGCUUCCUCUGCGAGAACCCCAAGAUCCUCAUCCUCUCCGUGCUCCUGGUCCUGUGCGUGCCGCCGUACGCGAUGCUGGAGAUGCGCCUGGAGGCGCAGAGAAAGUCGCAGGCGCCGCAAUUGUGACGCUAACCCUCGGCCAGGAGCUCAUCUGCGCCUUCGCUCCUGCAGUUGUCCGCCGCAAAGGCGCGCGAACCACGCCACAAGUCCACCUUUGCUCGACUCUGCAUCCCUCCAUCUCUAGUCCUUUACUACUACUAUAACUCAUUCAAUACUCGAUAAAGUGUGUCCCUUCUGGGCGAAUGUUCUGUGUGAAAAUAUUGCAAGAGCCUGUGAAAUUGCAUUUUGAGGAAGUCGCUUUGGAGUUGAUGAUCACUUUUAGGUGCAAUUGAGAGACACUCAGUUGAAAUUAAUCAAAAGAAACGAUAUUUUAAACAAUUUCAAGAUCCACAUUUUUACAUUCUUUUUGAAAUUCAUUGCGUUUUACUUAGAUAGAAAUAUCUGGAAUUUUCCAAUUUCCUAUGUUCAUUAUACCAGAGGUUAACGUACAAAAUCAAUUGAUAUUUCUUCCGGAAUUCAAAUAAUUAAUUUUUGAUUGGUUUGUGUCUGAGAUUUUUUCGAAAUUUCCUUGAUCUUGAGACAAAAUAUUUCUCUGAACAUCUUGCUCUAAUGCUUUCAAAGCAGAGCCCUAAAACUGAAAUGGAUUUUGAAGCAUUUUCUCCUAUUUGGCCUGAAUAAGUGCACAUGAUCAAAAGACUUUCAAAAUAGAAUGUCAAAUAGUAAGUCAAUAAUCCAGAAAUAUAAUCAAAGAUUAGCUUAACAUAUAGAACUUGUCUGCUGAACCCCAAAAAUUGAUUGAUGUAUUCAAGAUAUUAUGAAUCGUUUUAUUGUGUAGGUGUGAUAUUGACGGUGCGAAAUGUUAGCUGUUAAGAGAUUAUUAAGGAGAUGAACUCAAGUGUGUGGACGUCACUGGUAUCAAAAGUUCAUAGUUAACAGCAUAUUUUGUAUGGGCAAAUACUGAAAAUCUAUUGGACUUUACCUCAGAGAUGCGUUCCAAUGUGAAAAAUUCAUGUGAUCAACUUGGAGUCAUGCAAAAUUGUCGCCCUGUUUUUGAGCACGCUCAGUCCAUUUGAUAACGAUGAUAGUGUUGAAUAAAAUCGUUUAGGAGAAAUCAAAAACUACAAGUAUUAUUUUACAUAUCAAAAGAUUCAUACAAUUACUGUAAUACUCAAUUAUGAGAUAGUCGUGUAGGUGAUAAGAAAGUCAUUAAUUGUGUGUAAAUGAAUGUAAGUUUAUCUGAGUGGCUUCUGCGCUGGAGAAAUGCUGGAAUGAUGCCACAAGUUGUUAACUGACAAGUCAUAUUGUGCGUAGAUGCGAAAUUCAGUUGAAGAAAAUAAAUAUAUGAGUAAUUGUUAAUACCGCAGUGAUUU